CAUCAAUGACAUCAGGAGAAACAUUCAGGAUGUGAUCGGCACCAAGGCCAACAUCAACAUAGGCCCAGCUGCGGAGAACUAUGGAGGCGAGACCUUCCUGUCGGAGGAAGUGGCCAUCUCCCUUCUGCAGGAGACCAAGCAGGCCUUCAAGAGGUGCCAGAUGUUAUCCACCCAGUCAGAUGUUCACAACAAUGCAGUGCAGAUAUUCGACCUUCUCACCAAGGCGCUGUUGAUUGAGCACGUUGAUUAUGCAAUAGAAUUAGGCCUGCAGGUGAUCCCAGGUGGGGAAGUGCGCACGUCCCCAGAGAUCAGCUUCCUCGAAGUCGUGCACCAGAGCAGCUCCAUGAUGAACCUCCUGGACAAGCUCUUCAGCGACAGCCUCGUACCACUAAUAAUCUCAACCCCAAAACACGGAGACUGUCUGCAGAAGAAGAAGCAGAUGGGCACCAAUCUGGAGCAGAAGCUGGAUCUUGGCCUCGACCGAACCUUAUCUGCCAUCACUAACUACGUCAGGCAUGUCCUCACCACUGAACAGAAGCGCACAGACUUCAAGCCUGACAACGACGAUAUUCUCAUUGCCAACGUCACUACGGCUUGCCAACGUGUCGUCAGGUGGAUAAGUGUGGUGGCCGAGCGCAUGAGGGACACAUUAGAUGGACACAACGUGGAGAGUGCGUUGCUUGAGCUCGGCUUGAGGCUCCACCGCACCAUCCUCGACCAUCUCAUGAAGUUUGAAUAUAGCGCCACAGGUGCCAUGGCCGUCAUCUGCGACGUCAACGAGUACAGAAAGUGUGUCGCGAGCUUCAAAAUCCCUCUGGUGAACUCCCUGUUCGACACUCUCCACACCCUGUGCAAGCUCCUCCAGGUGUCGCCCGAGAAUUUGAAGAUGGUGUGCUCGGGGGAUCAGCUGAGUGGUUUGGACCGCACCGUGCUAGCCAGCUUCAUCCAACUCCGGUCAGACUUCAAGACGGCGAAACUCGGCAACCAGCUCAAGUAAUCGGGCUUGAAGUGCGACGUCAUUUUUUCCCCCUUCUUUGACAGUGAAAGACAUAUGGCGACAUUCCACUUUAGUCUGUUUGUUUUGUCGGUCUGGAUAUUUGUUAUUAUUGUUAUUUUUUUUUUAGUCAUAAUUGUUUUGAGUUUUUUUUUUUUAUUGGUUUGACUUUUUAUCUUCAUCCUUUUUUUUCCCUUUGUUCCAUAUCUUUAAGAUUAUUUUUGAGUUUUUUUUUUAUGAGUGUAUAUAAUGACGUACUUUUAAGUUAACAAUAACUCUUAUCACCAAAAAAAAAUUAUAUAUGAAUAUUUCUUGCAUCUUAUGUUAAUGUGAUGCAUUUAUUUAUUUAUUUAUUUUUUAUUAUUGACCUUUUUCCGUCAUGCAUCCCUAAAUAUACAUAAAGCACAGAUUAUAUGAUAUCUUUGUUGCAGGGUACGUAUAUUGUAGGGUUACGAUAUAUUAUACUCUGGUUAUCACAAAGAUACAUGGCCUCUUGCGUAUUUUUUUUUUAGGAAAUAUUUUCUAAGAGAGAUUUUAAAGUGUUGAUAUAUGAUUUCGUGUUAACAUAAUUUAUUUAUUGUACAGAGUGAAAAAUUUAACCCAGUCGAGUGACGUGUAAGUGAGAUUAGGUAAGGAAAUAGUUUACGAUUUAUAUGAUAAAGGAAAAUACAUAAAUUAAAAAAAAAUAAUAAUG